AUAACCAUACAUAUUCUAUAUAUAAUCAUAUAUAAUUAGGCGAAAUCAUUUUUUUCCCGGUAUAAUUAGGUCUAAUUAUAUAUAAGACUAUAUAUACUUAUAUAUAGGUCUAUAUAUAACCAUAUAUAAUCAUAUAUAAUUAUAUAUAAUUAGGCAAAAUCAUUUUUUCCCGGGGAAUAAAACACAUUUAAUGUGUAUGUCAUUGCAGUCAUCAAUCCACGAAUUCCUGAAUGGGUUUAGAAAAGUAACGAUUAACUUCUCUGAAAUUAUCACUGAAAAAAUAUAAAAGUGGGUAUUCCCUCAUAGCGUGUUAGGCGGAAGGUUAAUAGCGUUCACGUCGGAACGCUUUCUCAGAAAAAUUUUACAUGAGAUGACUGCUAAUAAAAGAGAGCAUUAUCAGUCUGGAUUCAGUAAAUUCGCGUCGGUCAUCGCGACACAACCUCACCGUUUUAAACAACGAAAGUUAUAGUCAAACCCAUGUCUGUCGACUGCUUUGCAAAUCUAAGCCUCCAUGAGUUUUGGAAGCGUAAAUAUUCGGAAUGUUUGGAAACUAUUAAGUCCGAGCACUUCUUCAUCAACCAUACUUGCUGGUACGAAGAAACCCCGGAAAAGAAGAAACAAAACAGAAGACACAGUCACAGUAGUAGUGUGGAAACGAUCCAGAGCUUGGAGCCGUCUGUUAACGGGCUAGAUAGUUUCUACGCAAGCUAUGUCGACGGGUUCGAUCUGCAAAGGAAGUUCAUAGUGGUUGAGACCGUUGCAUCCGAAAAUAAGUCUCGCAACUUUUGGAAACUAAUUUGGGAAACUAACUGUCGCGUAAUAGUGAGAUUCGACAUUAAUAAAUGGAAAAACUGUCAAUAUUGGCUGCAUGAAAAUAUUCCCGUUUAUACUGAAGGUGAGUUCAAAAUUCUGAAAACGAAAACAAUUCCACAUAACUACUAUACGGAAACUUUUCUCACAGUGGCCAAUCAGCAAAAUAACAAAUCAAAACAAAUAACUUAUUAUGAGUAUCAUGAACACCCAGACGGUAAAUUGCCAAUCGAAUCAGCGCGGCUUAUAUUUUUCUUGAAGAUGGUCAACAAAAAUCAUAAAAAAUACAUCAUACCUGCAUCAUCAUCGGACAAUUGUGCAUGUCAACCAAUAGUGAUUCACAGUGUGGAACGUUGUGAAAGAGCAAUAUCGUUCUGUGCGUUAGACAAUUGUUUAAGCCAACUGCAAGAAACACAGACAGUGUCAGUGCCUAGUGUAAUACUGAAAAUAAAAGGUCAAAUGCAAUUAGAUUCUUUUAGCUUUGAGGAAUAUUCAAUCAUUAACAAAAUUUUAUUGCAUAGUAAAUGGGCGUUAGAAUUCAAAACGGAUGAUGAUGUUAGAAACUCUGAAAGCACGUCUUUCAGAAGCCGGGUCAAAAAAUAUUGUUUAGCUUUUAAAAGAGUGUCCGUUUUCUGAAUGUUUGGCUAUAGGCUCAGAAUUGUCAUGUAUUAGUUGAACCUAUGUUUAACUCGAUUAAGUUUAUAUGUAAGGAUUAGAAUUAAGCUUAUUUCCAUGUAAAACAUUGAGUAUUAAAGAUUUUCCAUAAUUAUUUAAGUGGUUGUUUUUAUUCCACACAAAAGUUAAGAAUUUUUGUAUACCAGCAUAGUCAAAUAAAUUCAUAAAAGAUAAAACAAAUUGCUCUAUUAGAUGGUAGAAAAAUUAACCUUCAAACAACUAUUCUUGACCCAUGGCUUAGCUAUUCUACUCAGCAGGGAUUAUAACCUUAAGAUUAUUGCACACCUCAAAAGCGAAAACGCGGAGGGGGCUUUGUAAACGGAUGUUUUUUCCGACUAUUUUACUCACACAAAAAUUUUACUAAACUCUUUUAAUUACACCCGUUUAAUAAUCAAAAGUAAAAUAAGCGAUUGAGGCGUGCACUUUUGGAUUUGCCGACAUUUUUAAUACCAUGGCUGAUUGCCAACGCCAACCAUAAGUAUUGUCAACGCCUUAACACGCUGAUUGAAGUUUAAACCGUGCAAACAAUUUCGGUCUCUGUUGUUUUUGCAGUACGGUCUAUAAUUGACUGCAUCUGAGUAUCAAUAUAGACAUACUUUCACAGAAAAUUUACUCACAUACAAAUUAUGCUUUGAUCUGCAUUCAAAAAUAGUAAAAAAGAGACAUAAUUGUCUUUAGUUCAUUUUUGGAUCUUGAUCUUUCAACAGAUGGCGUAUCAAAUGGCUGAUAUCCGUAUGGGUGUAUCUAAACGUAAUCUGGUUGGAAAUAUAACUGUAAUAAAUCAACAGAUGUGAAUGCGUCUUCAGCCAUUACGGUGGAUUGGCUAAAAUCCAGUUGUAUAAUUAACAUACUUCAAGUAUUUUUGUUAUAAAACUAUUUUGUUCCUGGUUUAUUAACGGAACAAUAGUGUAAUAACUACGAAAAUUGUAUUAUUCAUUAACCAAGGAAAUAAAUUCAAGUGUUUUUCCACUUAGUUGCAUUAAUUUCAGGAAAUGUAAAAUUACUUUCGUAUUCUGCAUAUCGAACCUAAAAGAUUCAUCGAAGUGACAUGUAACAAGACUUUAAAAUGUUCCUUUGUAAUUUACGAGCAUGUUAACUAACAACAACAAAAAUAGAAAUCACUCACACUUAAUAAGUUGCGAACAAAUGAUUUUGUGUGAAAAAAAACAUGAAAAAAAAUGUAAAAUACAAAAAUUAAGAGCACUUAACUAUUAAAACUGGUCUCAUCGUAAAAUGUUUUAUUACUGUGUUAAUCAAUGUCGUUCUCUGUUGCUAGUUUACUAAAUCAAAUAAAUUACGAGUACCAUAUUUUUCAUCAACAGAAAUCAAACUCUCUAAAUCGAGAACAGUGGGAACGACAGGAAAAUGGUGCAUAUAUACUAUUUCAAAACUAUAAGUAUACUAAACAGUAUACGUACAGCUGUGAAACAGUGAAUAGUCGCUGUAUUAGAUUUAGAGAGUAGAAAGGAAAUGUUCUACGUCAUGACCUAGAUAGUACCCAUAGAGUAAUUAAGAUUUGAUGAAAGUAAAUCGUUAUUGAGAGGUUAAAACAAACUUUCAUGCUAGUCUCGUAAAUUAUCCAUAUUGGUAAUGAGUAAUGACCGAAGAAGAGUGAUAAUAAUAACAAAUAAGAUUUUUCGUGAAUUACGGCUAUAAUUUUUUGAUGCGCGGAAAAUAAAUAAUUUCAUUUUACAACAGUUAGCGAACUCAAUUUGACUGCCUAAAUUAAUACUCAGUAGAUAAGAACAUGUUUU